AUGAAGACCGCUAUCCUUGCCUCCCUUAUUGCCUCCGCCGCUGCUUUUGCGCCUGCUCAAGAAGGAUCUCGCGCUUCAGUUGCUGUCCAAGAAUCUCAGGCCGAUCUUGAAGCCUUGGCAGGAAAGUUGAACCCAGUCGUCAAAUACUACGAUCCUCUUCGACUUUCGUCUUGGAAUUUGUGGGAAGCCGGUGAUGCCGAAACCAUUGGUUUCCUCCGUCACGCCGAAAUCAAGCACGGACGUGUUGCCAUGUUUGCUUUCGUCGGAUACUGCGUCCAAUCCAACUUCCACUGGCCUUGGCCCAUGAAGUUGGAUGGAACUCCUUUCCCAUCCACGGACCUUUCUCCUCCAGAACAAUGGGCUGCUCUUCCCAUCGAAUCCAAGCACCAAAUCAUCACUUUCAUUGGAUUCUUGGAGGUCUACUCUGAAUUGGCCUCUUCUCUCAGCACUACUGAGGGACAAGCUCACUACAUGAAGGGUGGAAAGCCAGGUGCCUUCCCUGCCUUUGGAGCUGCCAUUCCUCACCCAGUUCCAUUCAACCUCUUUGAUCCCUUUGGUUUCUCCAGCGGCAAGUCCGAGGAAGCCAAGGCCGCUGGUUUGGUAAAGGAAAUCAACAACGGUCGUCUGGCCAUGUUGGGACUCUUUGGAUUCUUGACCGAGCAAACCAUCCCUGGAUCCGUUCCUCUCUUGACUGGAAUCGUCAAGCCAUACGAGGGUGCCUUGAUUGCUGGAAAGGACUUUACUUUCUUCUAA